ACGCUAUCGGAUCGAGCCAUAGAGGGGGCAAAGUAUGAGUCGGCCAUGUUGCGCUUUCCGCUUCAGUCAGUGCACGCGUUUGUGAGAGAACUGCUAUAAUACCUCUCGAUAUUACCUUCUCAUCCGCCAAAGGAACAACACUACGAGUCAUUACAGCUGCUCUCCGAGUGCUUUUAAAGAACCCCAUUUUAGUUUUGCAGCCGACGAACGCAAGCAGUAUUUCUAACGCUCGUUCGAUCAAAUGUAGUAAAAUAUAAUACAACUAUUCCUCGUAGCCAAGCUCGACUCCCAAAAAUUGUUAAGUGAAUUUUUUCGUUCUGCUCGUGCGCGCGUGCGUGUGUUUACGCGUCAAGCCGUAUCAUGGAUGACUGAAAUCUUCCUUAUUUACCCAAAGUGACAAGCAGUGCUAUCGUUCGUCGACUCCUCGCGAAUAUAUUUCGCUGAAAACCAGAGCAAAAUGUGCUAGUGCACCCUGAUCAGAGAUUCGUCCAUGACAAAUCAUGUUUGAUCAGAUGUCAUCUUGUAAUACACCAGGUCCACCAAAGUCAUCUCUAUUUAAGCCACUUGAAGACAACUUCUCAGAGGAUCAAGUUAAUUGCUGGCCAGUCACAGAACUCAGAGAACAAGGGCUCGAUAGAACUUUUCAACAAAAUUCUACCAUUGAUCCACCUAUUUGUUGUAUAAAUCCACAUAAUAACAUGUUGGCUCACGAGUGUAGCUCAACAUAUAACUAUCCUAGUAGUGCUUCCAGGUCGUCCCCGAGUAAAAUGUACGCUUCCAAUAAAGAGAUUUGUUUUAGAGAUACAAUCAAUUCCUCAAAAAAGGUGUUAUCCUCUUGUACCGACUCACAGUUGAGUAUAGAUUCUACAUUAGUCACAGACAUGAGUAGAAAGAAUUUUAGUAAUAAUGAUAUUGAUGAAGUCGAUAGUUCAGUUUAUCAUGAUUGUAGAAUAAAACCAAUAGAAAAUAAGCAAAAGUCAGAGGUUGGAAUAUCUGUAGAUUUUACUACCUCAACACCGUCCAAAAAUUCAGUGAAAUAUGAUAAAGAAAAUUUACCUACUGAACUCCAAUCAUCUCCAACAAGUUACAAAGAUCGUGAAAAGUGUCAAGACCCUUGGAGACCUACAGAAUUAAGUGAUGGAACAUUCCCUGGGUGCGAUUACAGUGUAGAAAACACACUUGAUAAAAGAAGGACUGGUGCUUCGUGCCAAGCAUUAAGACAUGCAGUCGCUUCAUUGCAUAGAUUAGAUGAUUUUAACGCUGAAAAAAUUGGUGCUGGUUUCUUUUCUGAAGUUUUCAAGGUGACCCACAAAGUGACGGGCCAAGUAAUGGUCCUGAAAAUGAAUCAACUUCCGUCUAAUCGACCGAAUAUGCUGAAGGAAGUUCAACUCAUGAAUAAACUAAACCAUCCAAAUAUUUUAAGGUUUAUGGGAGUAUGCGUGCACGAGGGUCAGCUGCACGCUCUGACCGAGUACAUAAACGGCGGUAGCCUCGAACAGCUGAUAAUGGCCAGGAAAACGCCUCUGCCGCACAUCACUCGCAUGAAGCUGGCUCGCGACACGGCCUGCGGCAUGGCUUAUUUGCACAGCAAGGGCCACUUCCACCGCGACCUCACCUCCAAGAACGUGCUGGUGAAGCGAGAUCCCUCUUCGCGCGAGCUCACCGCCGUGGUCGGCGAUUUUGGCUUGGCUGCCAAGAUACCCGAUCCCAGCACGGGUUUCCGACUCAGCACCGUGGGCAGUCCUUACUGGAUGUCACCGGAGUGCCUGAAAGGCCAGUGGUACGACCAUCGCUCCGACGUAUUUUCUUUCGGCAUAGUCGUUUGCGAGUUGAUUGGCCGCGUACCCGCCGAUCCCGAUGUACUGCCGAGAUCGGAUAAUUUCGGCCUCGACUAUAUGGCCGUCGCUGAAAUAUGCUCGGCAUCCGAUCCGCCACCGGCUUUUCUACAAUUGGCUUUUCACUGCUGUACCUACGAACCUCGAUCGCGACCUUCUUUUCUGGACAUCGUGCAGACUCUAGACAAUCUGAUCAAGAGACACCAGGAAGAGCGCAAACUCCACCUGAGCAAGAGACAAUCGGUCGAUCAAGAGCUCAUGUCGACGAUGAACGAAUUUCUGCGCAGAUCGAGGCCAGCCAGCCGGCAGUCGGCCAGAAUUCGCAGUUACUCGGCGGGUGCUCGGACCAACGACUCAGCGGCGCCAUGCGAUAAGGCACGCUGCCACUCGUCCAGGAAGGUCGCUGAACUGGCCAGUCGCCGGGAUCCGCAUUACAAGCCCGGCACCGCCAAUCCCUUCCAGGCGCUCGGUGGCGUUAGGAAGAUUCUCGGUGACCUCUUCUCCAGCUGUCUCGAAUUGCCGUCUCUCGAGGAUGUGAGGUCCGACGAGGCUGCUUCUUCCGGGGGAAUUGCUAGCAAAUCGAACAAGUUCAAGCAGAUGGGCGUCAAAGACGGUAUGAUCAAAGUGCUCGAUCGCAAGAAGCCAAGCUCCGAGCCCAGCAGCCCCACUGCGAGGAAGAAGUGGGAGCGGAAGGUUGCUACGAAGAUCGGUGCGGCGAGCCUCUUCGCUCAUCCCUUAUUCAGAGAAAACUGGGAAACUCGCCGACGUGGUAGCUGCGAGUCCGGCUUUUGGAGCUGCGUCGGCGAGGAUCUAAGUCCUGAGCCGCCAAAUCGUCGUCACACGUCGACCCUGAGCAGUUCAGCAGCUUCUAGCCUCUUCCUUCUUGACGAUCAUCGCACCUCGUCGAUAUACACAGAUUCCUCGGAGGACUUGGCUAGUCUUGGUGGAGGUGACUCCGUUUAUUGGGAAGAUCGCUUCGAUCGUCCGUCGAGCAAAGCCAUUGCCAAAAUAGUCGAUUAUUUUGAGCGUAAACAAGCAAAUGGUAACGGUAAAUUAGGUGAGCACUGCCUUGAUCUCGCAGUCCCUAGUAGGAUAGCCUUUCUCAGAGCGAGACUGGAAGGAUCCGGUAACCUGUGCAACAUCAAUGCAGCGCAGAGAUUAGUUGUGUGCGAAGGUGCCGUUAGAAGUAAACUGCCACUUUUUGACAAAAAGUGACGCGCGAGUCAGUUCAGAGGUCGUAGGUCUAUGGGACGGUGAAACGAAGAAGGCGCCGAGAUGUGUUUCGCUAAUUCUAAAAACACAUCUUCAACUUCUUCUGUACCAGAGUUGUAAUUAAUUUUUACCUACACGCAAGCGAAUAACCACGUCGUGAUUUUUCAGUUCUAUACUUUUAUACGUGUGCGUUUGAUAAUAGUUAUUCAAAGAGACAUGGGUUUGAAAGUAACAGUAAAUAGUAAUUUAUCAUUUUCACUGUGAACUGUAAAUACUAUUUGAAUAAUUUUUGUAUACUAUUUCGUUUGGACUGUUUUAAUGAAUUGAAUUUUUGAUUUAGACAACAUGAGUUUUUGUUAGUAAAGAUUGUUAUUUUCAACAAUCAUUUCGGACAUUACAACCGUUGAAACUUGUUAAACAUAUUAUUAUAAUAAGUAUUCUGUGUAACGAGCCGUUUUAAGAAUUCAUGCGAAUUUUGUAUAUAGUAAUGAAGGCUACUGUUUUUGAAAAUAUCAUUGUUCACACUACGAAUUUCAAUCAGAAACUUUAGUGCUAACUAUGAAUUUAUAAAAUAUAGUAACUUUUACAGCUCUACAGUCAAAUUUUUAUGUCCGAAAACGGUAGUAUUUUACCUAAAAAGUAUAGAGCAUUCAAUGAAAUUCAAAAGUGAAUAAGCAUUCAAACCUUAAAAAAAAUUUAUAAACAUUGAUCUUUGUAUUAUAUAUUUUUUGAACUCGUUUUGCAUUAAUGAAUUUAUAUCGCAAAAAUACGGUAUUAGUAUAUCUUUUGAAAUACUAAUCAUUUUGACGAACGAUAUACAGUUAUAUACAAGAAUACUUAUUAAUUAUGAAUCAACUGAUGUGUCAACUCAAAAAUUAUUUCAUCUUUAUCGUUUCUGCGUAGUUCCUAGUUAAGCAGCCCCGUCCUAUUUAGGAUUUGGAAGUACUUUUUUCACACGAAUAACAUUGUAUUACUCAUUGUUAACAAAGUAUCUUUUAUUGAACAUAGUUGAGAGAUAUUAUUGUAACUUAUCAGUCUUCGAUAUUGAUAAUAGCUCAGACUGGAAAGCAUUGAGUUACGUAGCGCCUAUAUCAAUGAAAGCUGAACUAUGUUCGAUGCUAUCAGCAUAAAAUGUUAUUUAUAGUUUUGGAAACAGUUCAUUUGCAUUAAUACAAAUAUUUUUUACUGAUUCAUAUUACAAAAUGAUAUAAAGUUCGUUUGUCUCUUCCCAAUAGACCCAAUAGUGUCAAUUCAGUGUCAAGUAACUACGAAUGUAUGAAAAUUGUAAGACAAAAUCUUUAGUAGAAUCUAUAAAAUGAUCCUAACGGUCCUAGAUUUCAUGUAAAUAAGUAUCUAAAGAAAUCGUUAUUAAAUUUUUCCAUUAAUUUGAAAUAAAAUAUCAUGAAUUGACAUGAAUAAAUAAGGUGCAUUGAAAUCAUUUAUGAUUAUAUUUAAGUUGUAAAAAAAAUUUUAUGUAUGAUUUCGUGCACUAUAAUCAUUAAAAAUUUUGUCGCUACGAUUACAUUAUAUUUUAGAACAAAAUUGAACGAUAAUAAAUGAUAGUUCUUUAUAUACAUCUGAAAAGAUUGCCAACCCGAAAAGAAACGAUAUACAUGGACACUUUAGUAUUUAGUAUAAAAUAAUAAAAUAUGAUUAAAAAACUGAUCUAGUCAGUAUAUUGAAUGAGGCGGCCUUAUAUUUUAUAUAUAUUCAUACGAAAUAUCGACGUAUGUAAUUUAAUGUAACGCAACUGAUGUACAGUUCUGCAUGAACACUCAAAUCGGUACAUAAAUGUAUUGUUAUCACAAUCGAUUAAUUGAAGCAAAAGAGUCUGAGCAGUUUCAUAUUGAAAGUCAUGCCAUAUUCAAAAAAUAUAUAAAUUUUUACAUGAAGAAUUUUUUAUUUGAUCUAUUAAAAUAUAAUACCUAAAGUUACUGCUAAAAUUGAAAUUUAAAUCAUUAAUAAAAAAAUAAAAUUACACUUCUUAUACCAAGCAAGUAUAAAUACAAGUCAUGCAUAAUAAUGGUAACAGUAUAAAUGAUUUUCGUCCUUUUGGGAUAAUUGUAUACAAAGUAAUGAACUUGUCCGUCGCCUCGUCAGAAUGUUAUUUUUUUUAUAAUAUAUUAUACCAAAUUCAUAUAUAAUAUAUAUAUAUGUCAACAUCCAAACUCUUAGAAUUUGACUAAUUAUUCUAUAAAGUACCUAAUCUUAAAAUCAUUAAGUUAACACGUCCAGAUAAGACUGUGCGUUUGAUGUACAUAUUUAGGUAAUGAAAAGAUGUGUAUACAAUUAUAUUUGGCUCAUCGUAUUUUUUUUUAAAUUCAAUUAUCGAUAUUAUAAGUAUUUUUCAUACGCAAGAAUGCAAGUAUUUGAUAAAAACUUUAUGCUUGGUAUUUUAUUUCAGGAACUUUUGAUUGACAUUCGAUUUAAGUUUUGAACGGGAAAUUUUUAAUGAAAUUAAAAUUAAAUUCAAAAGAUCCGUUGUUUGUAGAAUUUUCAUUUCUUUCUUUGAAAUAUAAUAACCUAAAUGAGUGUGACAUUUAAUGGGUACCUGAAGAACCAAGCGAAUAAUAAUCUGUAUGAAAUAUACGUACAUAAUAGUUGUUCAUAUCAUACGUGUAGCAAAUCCCAUAAGCCAGUGGGCUGUAUGUAUCAUAUGCGUUGAUUGUGUGUGAAAUCCGAUCCCAUGUGAUAAUGUAAUAAGGCCAAGAAAAAGUUAUAUUGAAAAAGAAAAAUGUUUUUAAUAAUUUUCGAUUUAAAUAAAACAUUUAUUAAUACAGAAACACAACGUAUUUUGUUGUAUGCAGCUCAUCGCAAAAAUUUAGCUCUUCCACUGUUUGGUUCAUACUUAUCAACUAUAACCUGUGAUCACGUUUAGACCCGAUAAAAAUGAAUAGUAUGCUGUGAAUCGAAAGAAAGUGCAAAAACACUUUCGACAAAUUAAAUUAUAGUAUACGCUAUUCAAAUUGAAUCGAUUGUAAUUUUUGUUAAUGGUAGUUCAUACAAGUAGUCUUUAAUCACAAAUAUAAGUCAUGAACGAAAAGAAUACGAUUUGUCGAGAUAUUUUACCACAUAAUUGACGAAUAGUGUUGUUAUAACCAAUAUUUGCAUGUGAUUGAUCGAAUGUCUGCAGAAUAAUUAAAAUAAAUGAUUUCCAAAAAGUAAUAUACGAAUACAUAUAGAUUGUAAAUAUCCCUAUACAUACUAUGUCUCUGUAUCUUUAAUAAAAGUCAAAGGCUCACAAUUUUUACAAAACGAA